AUGAAGACAAUAAACAAAGGAGGCGAAGUAUUCGCUACAGACCCAAAUGAUAUCAAUAUUCAACAAGCUAAGCUUGAUAGCCUUCUUAUUCAAGGCAAAAGAAGAGUUUUAGCUGCUCGCGAGUUCGUCUGGACGGCCGUCUCUACUUUGAAAGAUUUAAUCGAUCAAACCUUCGAACGCAUUCACCGACUCCUCAAGUCGGAAGUCACUCAGCGACAGAAGAUUGCUUACGUCAACGAACUGCACGGCCUUGUAACCAGUCAUUUAGAUCCU